AUGUUGGAGGAUGUGAUGGCGAAAACGGUUACCGCGGACAUGAAAGAACGGAAAGUGUUUGUGUUUGCUCACAACAUGCGAGGGUUUGAUUCGUCUUUUAUUUUGCAGUUGUUGUAUGAUAAGGGUUACAAAGUCGAAAAGGUCUUGAGUAUGGGGGCUAAAGUUUUGUCGUUUCAGUGUGGAAAUAUGAUUUUUCGGGAUUCUUUGAAUUUUUUUAACAUGCCUUUAGAACGCUUGCCGGCUACAUUUAAUUUGAAGGAAGCGCAUAAGGGUUUCUUCCCUUAUUCUUACAUUUCUGAAGACAAGAUUUAUUACGUUGGUCCCUACCCAAAAGCAGAAGAAUACCAUCCAGAACGUAUGAAUGAAAAACGGCGAAAGGAAUUUUUAACUUGGCACAAAGAAAAAGUUAACAGCGGCGCCAUUUUGGACUGUCAAAAAGAACUGUCCGCUUAUUUGAAAAGCGAUGUGCAAGUCUUAACCCAAUCCAUGGAAACAUUUGCAAAAGAAAUGAAGGAACUGACUGGCAUAGACCCUACGGUGGAAUGUGUGAUCAUUGCCAGUACCGCUUUUAAAGUGUUUCAAAAGAAGUUUUUGGAGCCGUACACCAUUGCCUUGGAACCUCUGGGUGGCUGGCGUCACAACCAACAAAAUCAGAGCGUGGAGGCCUUGCAGUGGAUGGAAUUCGAAAACACCAAGAUUGGUGGCGGUAUUCAGGUAUGAUUUUGUUAAGUUGCAGUGUUUUUCCACACUAAAAAAAUUAACUUGCAGUAAAAGUCUGCACAUUUGAAUUUGAAUACGCAGUGUUUUACCGCAAAUUUCAGGUGGCGAAAUGUUUACGACUGCGCAAAUAGGAUUGCACGCUUGCAAUAAAAAAUAACAAGGAUUUGUAUGGGAAAUGUGCUUAAAAAGUCUGCACUUAAGAAAAUUUAUUUGCAGUGUUUUACUGCAUUUUUCAGUUGACGAAAUGAUUACUACGGUGCAAAUAGGAUUGCACGAUCGAAAAAUUAUAUUCUGCGGACCGCGCAGGAAACAAUAAUAUUAUUUUUUCUCUUUUACAGCAUGUACGAAAUUCCUUGGAGGGCGAAGUCAAAGUGAUCACCCCUGCUCAAUCGUACUAUGUGGAUGGGUUUCACGCAGCCAGCAAUACCAUCUACGAGUAUCAUGGGUGCAUUUUUCACGGAUGCCGGAAAUGUUACCCGAAGCAAGGCAAUAUGAAGCGAUUCUGUCAUCCUGAUCGAACUGUCGAUGAAGUCUAUGUAGCCACACUUAGGAAAGCGGCCAUCCUUCGUGAGGCGGGGUACAGCGUCAUUGAAAUGUGGGGGUGCGACUUCGCAAAACAGAAAGAAACCGAUCCAGAGUUGGUGGAAUUCUUGGAAACGUUCCAUUACGUCCCGCCGCUUGAACCGCGAGACGCAUUCUUUGGAGGGCGAACGGGAGCCGCGACCCUUUACUCAAAAGCUGGUGAGGAUGAGGAAGUCGGUUAUGUGGAUUUCACAUCCCUGUACCCAAGUAUCAACAAGUAUGGAAUGUAUCCUGUUGGUUUCCCGCAGAUCAUUUAUCAGCCCCAAAACCAGAAUAUUAGUGAGUACUUUGGCAUCGCGCAAGUUGAUAUCCUGGCUCCCGAGCGGUUGUACCACCCUGUUCUGCCGGUCAGAGCCGGUGGAAAACUUACUUUUCCUCUCUGCAGGUCAUGCGUUCAAGAAGAGUUAGCCAACCCUUUGCUAGAACGGAGCAAUAUGUGCGGUCACACACGCGAGGAACGUAUGCUGAAGGGAACCUGGUGUACUCCUGAACUCCAAAAAGCCGUGGAGAAAGGUUACCAGAUCGUAAAAAUCCACGAAGUCUGGCACUUUCCUGAAGAAAAUCGUCGUCAAGGCCUAUUUGCAGGCUACGUCAAUACCUGGCUAAAGCUGAAACAAGAGAGCUCUGGUUGGCCUGCCAGAGUUGAAACCCCAGAGCAGAAAGCUGAGUACGUGAGACGGUAUGAACAACAUGAAGGAAUUAAGUUGGACCCUGACAAGAUAGCCGUGAAUCCUGGGAGGAAAAGUAUUGCAAAAUUACUUUUGAACAGGUGAGUCAUGUUUUUCCACACUUAAAAAUUAACUUACAGUAAAAGACUGCACAUUUUAAAGUUAACUUCCGGUGUUUUACCGCAAAUUUCAGGUCGCGAAAUGUUUGUGACUGCGCAAAUAGGAUUGCACGCUUGCAAUCAAAAAUAACAAGGAUUUGUAUGGGAAAUGUGCUUAAAAAGUCUACACUUAAGAAAAUUUAUUUGCAGUGUUUUACUGCAUUUUUCAGUUGACGAAAUGAUUACUACGGUGCAAAUAGGAUUGCACGAUCGAAAAAUUAUAUUCUGCGGACCGCGCAGGAAACAAUAACAAAUGUCUAUUUUUUUAUUCUAUCUUUCAGUUUAUGGGGCAAAUUUGGUGAACGGCAGAACAAACCUGUAACACACUGCAUUACUCAGCCUUCGCAACUCUUCCAGCUGUUAGAAGACCCUGUCAAUGCCAUUCACAGUGUGCGAAUUUGCUCUGAGGACGUCAUGGAGUUGGUCGUCACAAAAAACGAAGACGAAUAUCAGCGCUCGUUCAAGCAAAACGUGUUUAUCGCGGCGUUCACCACUUCGCUCGCCCGUUUAAAGCUGUACGAUGCCCUUGAUUUUUUAGGUGACCGAGUCUUGUAUUACGAUACAGACUCAGUCAUUUAUAAAACCAAGCGGGGUCAAGAGAAGCUUCCUCUGGGAGAAUUUUUGGGUCAGUUCACCAACGAGAUUGAAGGCGAUGUGAUCAUCGAAUUUUGCAGUGGCGGGGCGAAAAACUAUGGCUACCUCACCAAGAAAGGUAAAACCGAAUGUAAAGUACGCGGGUUUUCGCUCAAUUGCGAGACAAAACAAGUCUUAAAUUAUCACACGAUGAAGGAAAACAUCCUGAAAGAAUUGGAUGAACCGCUGAAAAAAGCACGUAAAAUAGUGAUUACCAUUCCCGAUUACUUUCAACGGGACCAAGUCACCAAGGAAAUCAAGCUCACGGAUCGUAAAAAACAGUAUCAACUGGUGUUUGAUAAACGUGUGAUUGACCCUGCCACUCGUUCUUCCACGCCCUACGGCUAC